UGUUCUUUCAGAAAGUGCCGGAGCCUUCGUUCUCGCGAGACGCGCUGCUUGGCUGGAGCUGAAUUUAAACUCUCGAGGAGACAAACGGUCCGAUAGAGAAGCAGGCGGAGGCUGAAAGAAUUCAGAGGUACAGGUAUGUCGACGGCAGAGGUCUCGGAGACCCAGCGGCUUCGCUUCAAGCUGAAGGAGGCGGAGGAAGCCCUGGAGAAGGCUGCCCAGUACGGGCUGCAGCUGCUGGAGAGCCAGCAUGAGCUGCAGAACCAGCUGGAGGAGCAGCGCGCUGAGAUGACCAACACCAUCGAGGCCCUGGAGCAGGAGAAGUACUCCCUGCAGAGAGAGGUGGAGCUGAAGGUCCGGAUGCUGGAGAGCAUGGGCUCUGAGUGCGACACCAUCAAACAGCAGCAGAAGCUUCUGUGGGAGCAGCAGGAGGCCAUGCAAGAGAGGAACCACGCCUGGGAGAUCAGUGACUUCAAGAAUAAGCUGGAGAAGAUGAAGGCUGAGCUGGACGAGGCCCGGCUGAGCGACAGGCAGCUGAGACACAAGCUGGAGCUGCAGAGCGAGAUACUGAGCAGUAAGAGCGAGGAGCUGCGUGCGCUGUCGGAGCGCGCACACGAGACCAUGUCCUCCGAGGUGCUGGGGCUGCAGAUCGACAAGACAGAGCUGGAGGCGGCCAGGGAUCUGCUGGAGCAUGAAAUCAAUGAGAUGAAAUACCGGCAGCAGCAGCUGGAGCUGACCAACACGAACCUGCAGCGGCAAGUGGAGCGGCUGAGUGAGGAGAAGGAGGAGAGGGAGAGGGAAGCCGUCUCCUACUUCAAUUCCCUGGAGAAAACUCGAGAAGCCUGCCAGGAUCUCCAGAUUCAACUGGACCAUGCUCUGCAGCAGGGCCAGGACCCAAACAGCAAGGGCAACUCUCUCUUCUCUGAGGUGGAAGAUCGCCGUGCGGAGAUGGAGAGGCAGUUGAUCAGCAUGAAGGUGCAGUACCAGUCCCUUCAGAAACAGCAUGCCUUCUCCAGACAGCAGCUGCACAGAAUGAAGAUCCAGAUCGCCACCCUGCUGCAGCUGAAGGGCUGCCAGGCUGACCCAGAGCAGCUGGAGCGGCUGCAGGCCAUGCUGGGGCAGAAGAAUAACGAGAUUGAGGUCCUGAUGAUUAAACUGCGGCAGCUGGAGAAGCUGGAGGUGACCCACAAGGCUGAGCUGAGCUGUGCUUCAGCAGGAGAGCAAGUUUAUGGUGAUGGGACCUACUACACAGACCUGCUGAAAAUGCAGCUUACUGCUUCCAAGCAGGAGUCGGACCGGCUGGGUGAUGAGCUGUCCCUCCAGAGGAUGAAGGCUCUGGCGGAGAGUCAGAGGGUGCUGGAGGUGGAGAGGAAGCUCUUCGGCAGCGAGAGGGCUCUCAAGCUGUGCCAGGGAGAGAACAUGAAACUGCGGGUCAGACUGGACGAGCUCAGGAUGAAGUACGAGCCCGAUGCGGUGAAUAAGGAUCGCGUUCAGAAGCGCAGACGUGAGAAGCUGCCAGUUGACAUGCCUGCAGACGAGCCGACAGAGAAGGGGCCUGGAAAACAUCAGCCUGCUGUGAACGGGGAGGCGGGACAGACAGAGCCCAGUGCCACCCUGCUGCAGGAGGUGCCAGUGCCCGAGCCAGCCAGCCAGCUGCCCCGCGAAACCAAGCGCGUGCGCAUCUCUGAGGAGCCCCCCAGGUCUGUGCCAAUGGAUGUUAAAAUCAAGAAGGAGGAGGAGGAGGAGGUUGAGAUAGGAGCCGAGAACAGCAGGGCAGAGAGGAAGAGCAGGCAGAGGGCUCACCCCGUCAUCCACGUAUCCUCUAAGCCCACCUCUGAGAACCAGUGCGCCCAGCAGUAGGGAGUCUGUCUCUGCUUGUGCUGUAGUGCUGGGUGGGACCAGGUCAUCAGGCCAUGUGCAGCUGCUGAGGGGCCCUAAGCAUUGUGCGCUUGCACAGACCCUGUUGCCGCCUUAAACCAAUUUCUAGGACUAAGCGUGAGAUUCUGGCACCAUAAAUAAUAGCGGACUGGUUUUAGGAGUCUUUAUAAUAAGGUAAAAAUUGGUGCAAUAUUAUUUUAGACAGACAAGUACUACUACACCCAUAUACUCUGUUUGAUGUAGAUGUUUGUUUUAACUGUUCUUGUGCUUGUGUACUUGUUUACGUCUGUAUUUAUUCAUUAAUAAAUUGUUGUUAAUAAGG